AUGAUUGCCGGUUCCGGUGAUCAGCGUUGGGAAUCUGAGCUGGGGCCGGUUCCGGUGAUCAGCGUUGGGAAUCUGAGCUGGGGAGGAAACGGAAAGACGCCGAUGGUUGAAUACAUUUCGCGAUUACUCGUCGAUUCUGGAAUUUCACCGCUUAUUCUCACUCGUGGUUAUGGUGGUGGAGAUGAAGCCAAAAUGCUUGAAAGACAUGUUCAAGGUGGACCGACAAAGAUCGGUGUUGGAGCAAACCGUGCAGCUACUGCUGCCUCGUUUUUGAAAAAAGCAAGGACUAGUUCAGAAAAACUUGGCUCUGUCAUUUUAGAUGAUGGGAUGCAGCAUUGGAGUUUGUGUCGUGACCUCGAGAUUGUGAUGGUUAACGGCCUGAAUCCGUGGGGAAAUGGUAAUUUACUUCCCCUUGGUCCCUUACGAGAGCCUCUUGCAGCACUUGAGCGGGCAGAUAUAGCUGUUGUACAUAACGUCCACUUGAUGACUGAACAAAGCCUCAUAGAUGUUGAGAACACAAUACAUGGAUUCAAGAACUUGGUACCGAUUUUCUUCUCCAAGAUGGUGCCCAAACACUUGUUCCAUGUUAAAAAUGCCAUGUCACAUGUAUCUUUAGAAGCAUUGCGCGAUGCCACUGUGCUAUGUGUAUCCGCAAUUGGAUCCGCUGACGCGUUUGUCAAGAGCAUCGGGAGGACGGGAGCACGUUAUGUUGAUAGACUUGAUUUCAGUGACCAUCAUGUAUUUGGAGCACAGGAUGUCGAAACUAUGAGAAAGAGAGCCAAGGAACUAGAGCACAUAUAUAAAUCCAAGCCUAUAAUCGUUGUCGUGACAGAAAAGGAUUAUGAUAGAGACCCCGAGAUUCUCAAAUGUCUGGACUCGUGCACAACAUUGGUUCUUUGCUCUGAAUUGCAAAUAACUCCUUAUAAAGGAACUGAUGUUGAUGGCUUUAAAUCUACACUUGGGAGAGUUCUGUAUACUAAGUUUUUUGUUUGCAGUUAG